ACUUUUGCCAUCGACAGGGAUGAAGUGGGUGUCCAAAGACAGGAGGUGGUCUGUAAAAGGUUGGAUGACAACUCCAUUGUCCAGAACAAUUACUGUGACCCUGACAGUAAGCCACCUGAAAAUCAGAGAGCCUGCAACACUGAGCCCUGUCCACCCGAGUGGUUCAUUGGGGAUUGGUUGGAGUGCAGCAAGACGUGCGAUGGUGGAAUGCGCACAAGGGCAGUGCUCUGCAUCAGGAAGAUGGGACCUUCUGAGGAGGAGACACUGGACUACAGUGGUUGUUUAACACACCGGCCUAUUGAAAAAGAGCCCUGCAACAACCAGUCAUGUCCACCUCAGUGGGUGGCUUUGGACUGGUCCGAAUGUACUCCAAAGUGUGGCCCAGGCUUCAAGCAUCGGAUUGUUCUGUGCAAGAGCAGUGACCUUUCUAAAACAUUCCCAGCUGCACAAUGUCCAGAGGAAAGCAAACCUCCUGUCCGCAUCCGCUGCAGUUUGGGCCGCUGCCCUCCUCCUCGCUGGGUGACGGGAGACUGGGGCCAGUGUUCUGCUCAGUGUGGCCUUGGACAGCAAAUGCGAACGGUGCAGUGCCUCUCCUACACUGGACAGGCAUCUAGUGACUGUCCAGAAACCGCUCGGCCUCCAUCCAUGCAGCAGUGUGAAAGCAAAUGUGACAGUACGCCGAUUUCCAAUACUGAAGAGUGCAAAGAUGUGAACAAAGUGGCUUAUUGCCCACUGGUGCUGAAGUUCAAGUUCUGCAGUCGAGCAUACUUCAGACAGAUGUGUUGUAAGACCUGCCAAGGACACUGACCCACGGAAAGCCAGAGAGAGCCUUGUCAUUUCAUCGUGGAAAUGCAUCCAUCCGAGAGAGCCACCCAGAGGAAGAGGAUUGAUGUCCUUGCAAAUGCAUUACCCUGUGGAAAACGUAACCACUGGUCAGCCCUAGCUGACAGGAUUUCAAUAUUAUUUUAACUUCUGUGAAGUGGGAUUUAUUGAUCCAAAGUGCUGGACACGGUAUUAGGAGGGAAUGCCAGAUUGGAGAGAUCCAAACAACACAUAGAGACUUGCUUACUGUGGAACGUUUGUGUUCUUUCGAGUAAAUCCAAUAGCCUGUUUACCUCCUUGGACCAUUAAGAUAAUUUUUAUUAUGGACUUAGCAAUGACACUGAAUCCAUGUGUAUUUAAAACUGUUUAAAAUGUAGCCGUUAUGACUUGGUCAACUAUGGAAGUAAAGAAGAUGCAGAAUUCAAAAGUCAUAGCUUAAAAGUAUUUACUAUCCUUUAUCUCACAACAACAGCACCACAACUUAAAUUAUAAAACGAGCUUUGAACUGUAAUUUAAGGAGCAAUUAUAAAUCAAAAGUAAUGAAAGUUUGUAUUAUUUUUCUUCAUUCCAUUUAAUUUCCUUAGGAAUAAUCCCCCUGUUCUGAACACUGCUGUGAGCCAUAUAUUAAAAUAUAUUAAACUGAACAACAAUGAGGGA